UUUAAUUAAAAGAAAAACCUUUUGCAAAAAAAACCUAAAAAGAUGAAAAACACUUUUUUAUGAAAAUGCCAAGAAUAAUAACAUUAAAGAGAAGAAACAAACUAGGGAUACAUCGGCCGACUUAUGUUGAAAAUACUAUAGGCCUCAUAAACAGAAUGGGCCGUGGCUUUAAGCCCAGUUAAUAACUAAUGAAACUCGUUCAGCUGGGGUUGAACAAGUUCUUGAUGUUGGAUGUGGAGUUGCUAGCUUUGCAGCUUAUCUUCUUCCUUUAGGUAUAAAGACAAUGUAUUUUACCCCUAAAGAUGGUCAUGAGCUCUGCCAUAGCCACCAAUGUCUUUUGAUAUGGUUCACUGUUCGAGAUGUAGUCUUGAUUGGCAUGAAAAUGAGAGGUUGGUCCAGGAGCAGUAAAGACAAACAUAAUGCACGAGCUCCUUCAUAUAUAUACAAGCCAUUGCAUUUUGUGGUCUCAAGAUUCUUGGACUCAUGCAGUCUUCGGAGGAUGCAGCUAAAUCUGUCAUUGAUGAUGUAGUAGCUCCACCUGUAAGAUCUGCUCUUUAGGAUUUCUUCAUCUUAUCUACAUAAUGUGGUUGAUCUGCUCCAUUGUAUCUUCAGUACUUUCCCGUGAACAAAAAUUUGCUAAAGAACGUUGGGACACAUCAUGUCACUUAUUUAACGAAUUGCAGCAAACUCACACUUGAAGAUCAAAGAGCUUCUAGUGGUUGCUUGCUUAUGACAUAAUCCUAGCAUCCAAACUCUAUCAACUUCUGGUUUCUUGUAGUACUUGUAAACAAACGCACACCUGCUUAAGUAGAAUAAGGGCCAAUGCUUCACCACUAAAAAAAAGUUUAGUUAAAGUUUUGAUUUGAUUUAUUAUAAUAUUUUGUAUAUUGAUUGAUGUUAGAAAUUAGUAAGAUUCCCAUUUAGUGU